AUGUUGCAGUCUCAUACUUUGUUGAUUGCCCUCUGGGUAGCAAAAUGUGUGGCGUUUGGUGGCGAGGACUUCCAGCUGAACAAGGGACCAGAUAUGAAUGGAUCGGAGAGAGUAAUGAACUCGCAGCUUCCGGCCUACGCCCAAGGCAACUCCAAUGUGUUAAUACAGGAUAUUAUCCAUGUUCAAGCGGUCUUGGAUGUUGCCCCGAGGGCAACACAUGCGUUUCUAACGGCUGCUGCCCCGGCAACUCCAAACAAUGCGGAUCAUCCAAAUGCUACGAGCCCUCUUCACAAAUCUGCUGCAGUUCCGGGUACGCCUGUCUCAAGGGACAAAAUUGCGUCAAUGGAGGCUGCUGCAGCAGCGGGGAAAUCAAGUGCGGUACUUCUGGUUGCUACGACCCAGAAACUUCAGUUUGCUGUGGAGGCACUGGAAGAAAUUGCCCCAAAGGGUAUGACUGCAUGGAAGGUGGUGGGUGCUGUCCAUCCGGCCAGAAGCGCUGCGGUAACAGUAAAUGCUACAACCCUCGAACAACGACCUGCUGCACCGGACCUGGAACUGUCUGGGCGUGUUCGAGGGGUGACGAGUGUUGUUCGAGCGGAUCAUGCGCCAGCCCUUCAACUCAAAAGUGUUGUGCGAACGGCUCGUGUCUGA